CAAAGUUAAAAGCGCAUGUGAGGGAACGUCUCCUACACUCCGCCCUCCUCCUCUUCCUCCUCUCUGAACGCUGAACCGAUCGGAGACGCUGAGGGACAUCAUCCCGCUGACAGCGUGAGACAGUCCGGAUCGGACUCCGACACCUACGGGCUGAAGCACAGAGCAUGUCCAACGGACUGCUGCGAGUCGUUUGAUUCAUUUUGCAUCUUAGGAUACCAAAAGUCCGCAGAAUACGGCGGCAGGGCGCGCUGCGUGCGUAAGGAUGCUCGGGUUCAGCCAGCCUUUCACUUUGACAGCAGCAGCAGCUGUUAUUGUGCUGCUAACGUGUGUGUUGUCCUUCAACGUGGACCAGAAGAAUAGUUUGUCCUUUGAGGGUCCUCUGGACGACCUGUUUGGCUACUCUGUUCAGCAGUUUGAGAACAGCGAGGGGAAAUGGGUUCUGAUUGGAUCGCCAUAUUCAGGUCAGCCACGUUACCGAACAGGAGAUGUUUACAAAUGUCCGGUUGGAAAAAGAAACAAUACUUGUGUCAAACUGGAACUGCCAGAAAACACAACUAUUCCCAAAGUGAGUGAGAAAAAGGAAAACAUGAACAUGGGAACUACACUGGUGACCAAUCCCAGUGGAGGAUUUCUGGCGUGUGGUCCUCAGUACGGCUAUGAAUGUGGCGACGAGGAGUUUAUCUCAGGCAUCUGUGCCAACGUCAGCUCCUCCUUCCAGAUCCUGAACUCCAUUGCUCCCGCAGUGCAAAAAUGCUCAAAGAAUCUGGACAUUGUGUUUGUGCUGGAUGGGUCUAACAGCAUUCAUCCAUGGGAAAGCAUUGUUGACUUUAUGAUCAGCUUCCUGAGUAACAUCACUAUAGGACCAGAUCGUUCACAGGUGGGCAUAGUGUCCUAUGGUGAGGAUGUGAUUCACCGCGUCAACCUGAGCCAGUUUCAAAACAGUGCUAUGCUUCAGGACUUUGUAAGGAAUCUUCCUCGGCAAGGAGGGCGACAAACACACACUUUCCUGGCCAUUGACACAGCCAGGAAGGAGGCUUUUAUGCCAGAGAGGGGUGCACGACCUGAUGCAAAGAAAGUCAUGGUGAUCUUGACUGAUGGGGAGUCGCAUGACAAUUAUAAACAAAAGGAGGUCAUAGGAAAAUGUGAAGAAGAUGGCAUCGAGAGGUUUGGAAUUGCUGUUUUAGGAGCCUACAGGCGGAACAGCGCAGGGGAAGAAGAGGUGGAGAACUUUAUUAAAGAGAUAAAGUCUGUUUCCAGUGAGCCGUUACAUGAUCACUUCUUCAACGUGUCUGAUGAGUUGGCUCUGGUGAAUAUCGUAGACUCACUGGGCAAGAAGAUUAUUGCUCUGGAAGCUACUUCUGGUAACUCAACAUCCUCCUUUGAGAUGGAGAUGUCCCAAGCUGGAUUUAGUGUGCAUUCUUCUGAAGACGGUGUGUUACUGGGAGCAGUUGGAGCGUAUGACUGGAACGGGACAGUAAUCGUGCAAACUGCUACUGAAACAGUGAUUCCAGAAAACACUCAAUUCUACGAUCCAAAAUCAGAGGCUGGGUACGAAGGUCUAGCCGGGUACCUCGGAUAUGAUGUUGAAUCUGCAUCCACCCCUGAAGGAGUGCUGUACAUCUCCGGGGCACCGCGGUACAACCACACGGGUCGAGUUGUUGUUUACCAAGUGAAGAAUGACAGAGUGGUUGUUUCGCAGAUACUGAAAGGAGAACAGAUUGGUUCCUAUUUCGGGAGCGUCCUGCAGACCGUUGAUGUAGAUAAGGAUUCCUUCACAGACCUCCUUCUUGUUGGAGCUCCAAUGUACAUGGGCUCAGACAGAGAUGAGCAGGGGCAAGUCUACGUCUAUAAGCUCGAUCAGAAAGGGCGUUUUGUGCUCACGUUUACUUUGAAACCUGUGAAGCAGUCGUGUUGUACCGCCCACUCAGCCAGCUGCACCAAUAAAAAUGAACCAUGUGGAGCUCGGUUUGGCACAGCCAUAGCAGCAGUGUCAGAUCUGAACCUUGAUGGGUUCAAUGAUGUGGUGAUUGGUGCUCCGUUUGAGAAUGACCACCGAGGUGCUGUCUACAUCUACCAUGGAGAUAGGAAAUCACUGAAAAAGAAGUUUGUUCAGCACAUUCCUGCAGGUGGCGAUGGAGAAAAGAUGAAGUUCUUUGGUCAGUCCAUACAUGGAGUGAUGGAUCUAAAUGGAGAUGGGAUCACUGAUGUGACCAUAGGAGGCCUAGGAGGGGCUUCGCUGUUCUGGACCAGAGAUGUUGCAGAGCUGUAUGCCAACAUGACCUUUGACCCUGUUAAAAUAAACCUGCAGCAGUCCCAGUACCAGUGUACACAUCGAGGACACAAAUCUGUGUGUGUGACCACCACAUUCUGUUUCCACUACCUUGUAAAAUCUCACCAGAAGGACCCUAAUUCUGCCGCAGAUAUCCGUUACACGGUUACUCUGGAUGCCCUGCGCACCAAUGCCAGGGCUUCGUUUAUCGACUUGGAGUCGGUUAAAAGUGAGCGCAGGUCUGCCAUGACCCUCAACAUCAAAGACAAAGAGAAGAAAUGCCUAAAUGAAACCUUCAUGAUGUCGGACCGGCCAGAUUUCAAAGACCCCUUCUUGGUGUCUUUGGAGUUUGGAUUAGCUGAUGAGGACAGUGGUCCAGUAAUGGAUGGAAGUCUCUCCAAAUUCAUCAAUAAGACCAUUCCUUUGAUGGACUGUGGGACUGAUGGAAAGUGUGUUAGUGAGCUCUCUCUCAAAGCAGAGCCGAGUGUGAAAAGUAUGUUGAUCAAAGCUAAGGCAAAAGACAAAAUUGAUGUGAAAAUCAGUGUGAGGAACAGCAGAGACAGCGCCUACAACUCCAAAGUGAACAUCAGCUUCACACCAAACAUCAAUUAUGUUAAAGUAGAGCCAAAGAAGGAGUGCAUUCUGUCUAAUAUGACAGUGGAGUGUGCCGUUCGAUAUCCUUUCCUGGGGCAAAAUGUUGAGGAACACUUCACAGUGAGAUUUGAGACAAAUGCCAGCCACAUUCAGGAGAAAAUCCAAAUAAACCUGACAGCUAUGAGUGACAGUGAAGAACAGUCACCAUCUGACAACAGAGUAGAAAUCUCCAUCCCUGUCAAGUAUGAAGCUGGAGUCCUAUUCAGUGUUAAUCGUGUGGAUGAGCACAUAGUGGUCAAAGACAGUGACCAGUACGCCUUGAAAAACAAUGUCUCUGGAAUAACAUGGGAGGAGAUCAACCUCACCUACACGGUGGAGAAGUCAGGGGAUAUUUUGACUCCACCUCUUCUCCUAACAGUGAUGUACCCUCAUCUGUCUCCUAUGAAGAACAAGUUACUGGAACUGAUCUAUUCCUCCACCAGCCCAGGGGUAAACUGCCGCUCAUCGCCUCGGAUCAACCCAGAUAAAAUCAACCCAGCCAUUAAACCACUCAAACCAAAAAAGGAAACUCUCAGCGAUUAUUUACUAAUGUGUGGAGAAACAGAGUGUGCAUCCUUUAAAUGCUCCAUCCCCGAGACCAAUACGAGUCAAGUCAACGUUACUUUCAGAGUGUGGAAACCUACGUUCAUUGAGAGUGCCUUUUCCCGUUUGUACUUGAUGGUGAACGGCACGCUGAGGAUUGAAAACGAACGGCUGAUUGAACUAAGCAGCAACAACAACAGGAGAAAUGUCAAGAUUCAGGUUUCAAAAGAGACCGUUGGAGGAAUCCCCAUCUGGAUCAUCAUUGUCAGCAUCCUGAUCGGACUUCUGAUCCUAGCACUCGUCAUCUUCAUUCUCUGGAGGCUGGGCUUCUUCAAGAGAAAAUCUCGGGACUAUUCAAAGGAGGAAAUGGCCGACUGACGCAGCUGGACCGCCUUCAUCGGUCAGAUGGAAGAUACUCGCAGACACCUCAGUGCUUUAACAGGAAAAUGCAGUUUUAUACAUUGGCUUUUUUUAAAAAUUUCGUUGUUUGCAAUCACUAUCAGAUUCUCCUUUUGGUGCUUUGAGCACCGGGUCAUAUUAACGGGAGCCCUCCAGUCUCCUCAGAGCCAAAGACACUCUCUGUACGCCUGAUUUCAUCUUUUCUGUGCUUGAUUAUAAUCAGCAAACCACUGGAUGUUUGCAUCGCAUGGAGCAGGCUGAGCUGCUUUAGCUUCACUCCAGCUUUAGUGGAUGAAAUACUCAGGUUUUCACUAAGAGGAUCCAAAGUUGCCUAAACCACCAUAAUGAUGUCAUUACAUCAAUAACUCGAAAUAUGACUAAAAAAAAUCAGAAUAUGUGAACUUUUACUUACAUUGAAACACUGUACAUUUGAGUAUUUUAUAGCCUGUUUUUGUUGUCGUUUCAUUAUUUUGACAAUAUAAUGCGGUGCAUUUUCAGUAUUGUGAUAAAUGAGUGAGAGCUGUACCUUUAAAAAACUUUGAUUGUACUGUAAAUAGAAAUGCUAAUAGGAUGGAAUGCUUUAAGAUGUACAUAGAUGUGUUUUAUUUAAUGUUUUUGUGCUCACAGAGAUGAUCUCGCUCAGGUGCUACAAGCUAACUGAAUCAUCGACACUUAACGAGAAAAUAAUCCGGCUUUUGCUACACAUUUGAAGCUUAUGCAAAUUUGUAAAUAUUGUAUUUUUAAGAAAACAAAGCAGGCUUAUUCUGUAUUAAAGCAUAUGCAAAUACAAAGAUUUAUAUCAUCUAUUUGGGUUUUAGUUGAAGAAAAGUUGUUUUUUGAUGUGGUUAAAGUACAUUUUGAUUUCAUUUUGAUUUCAUACAGCAAAAUUCUUCCCGUUCACCUGACUUUUCUUUCCAAUGGAGGCCUUCACUGUCCGCUGUGUAGAACACCAGGGUUCUCAUCAUUACUGGUACAAAAGGUACCUUGUUUUUGUGUCUACCUAUUGCACAGAUGAGCAGAAUAAUAGCAGGGAUGCUGAGGAAAAUGUUUGCCCUUUUGUGCCUUUUACCCCACUAGUUUAGACGUUUGACAAUAAAGCCUUUUUUUAAUUUCAUUUUCUCCUCUGCUCUCACCUUCAUUAUGAACAUGAAGCACAUGUACCAAACUGUAUGUACAGGAUGUGUAAAUGCUUGUUGCUUUAGGACUUUGUGGCCACAUCAGGUUCGUGCAUGAGGGUGGAUUGAAAUGUCACCAAGUGUGGGCUCCAGGCCGACGUUCUACACUGCUGUGAAGACUUCAUUAAAAUGCACUGUAUGUGUCAUCAGCACAGAGAUGAACUGAACUUUAUGUACAAAUUAAAAGACGUUUAUGAAAAAGAA